UUCUGUGAACAUAACCUAUAUUUUUAAUCCGAAUUCAAGUUGCUAUAUUAUGCUAAAACUACAAAAUAUUGGCAAACUAUCCAAAACCGGGAAUCAAAUACGACCGGCCAGCACUUUUCCAAAAAAUGACGAAAUUUCCCCAAUGUUCACAAACCGAAACCCCAGGAAUUUGGAGAAAAUGCGUAUCGGAUACAAACCAGACGGGUACCACUUAGAACGUCCUGGAAAGACGUAUUGGCACAAGUUAGUUUUGACAUCCUCAGGUCGCUACGCAAAGGCAAGUAUACACCACUUUCAAAAUGGGGAAGUAAUAAGCGCAAGCACUUCCGAAUGGGGUAUAAAGAAACAACUUUAUCGUUGCAAAGAUACGUCAGCAUAUAUUAAUUUGGCGAGGGUUUUAGCGCAUAGGUGCCUGCAGUGCGGUUUGAUACACGUUACUUCCGACAUAAUACCUCGCACUAAUAAUGGUAAAGUUGCACAAUUUUUGAAGGUACUUGAAGCAAAUGGUGUGAGUUUGUCAGAACCUCCCCAAUUCAAGGCUGCUUAUCCUUGGGAUUGCCAACGGCCUGAAAAGCCUUGGGAGAUAGUGGAAGAAUGA